AUGCCGUUCCCAAGAUAUUGUUGCAUGCGGAAUGAUAAUAGCGGUGAUGGUUUUGGGUUUGCUCUUGUCGUAACGAUAAAUGAAACUGGCCACUUUAUUGAAGAUAUAAAGCCCGGCUCUUUAGCUGAUAGGGCUGGCCUGAGAAAUGGGGAUCUCUUAGUUGAAGUGAAUGGGAGAAAUAUUUUGGCCCUCUCUCAUCCAGAAGUUGUUGAAUUCAUUAGACAACAAGGUGACGAAGUUUGUCUUCUCGUUUUGGACGAGGAAGCUCGUACUUUCUAUGAGGAUCGGUCCAUCAUUGUCAGUCACACAUUGCCAGAAGUUAAAAACAUUUACACUUGGAAACAGCAAUCUACCCAUUCUGACGAAAUUAAAGACGACUCCAAAGUUACCUUCCAAGAAUUUCUCUUGCAGAAGUCCGAAGUGGAAGAUGAAGAAGGAAAAGAUAAAGAGCAGGCGAAAGUAAUCCCAACUCCUAAAGAAAUUAUUUCUCAAACUCCUAAAGAAAUGACCGCAACUAUUGUGCCCCCAGAAAAUCCUGUUGAUGUUCCAGUCAGUCGUCCUUCAACAACACCACAACAUACUGAAGGUAUCGUUACGAAACUAGAUAAGAAGGCAGAGGAUAAAGGGAAAGAAACGCUAGAAGUAGACAGCCCAUCGAACGUAGAAGACACACAAGUAAAGGUUGAAGAAUUUCAAAAUAAGUUGAAAAUCGUAGAAAAUCCUGUUGAGGCUCAAGAGGAAGAACCCCCUAAGUCUAAGGAAGUACAGUUAAACAUAAAAAAUGAAGAGAAAGCGGCGAAGAUUGAAAAGGAAGUGCCGAUGAAAUUGGUGGCUGAAGUAGUUCAAGAAGCGGUUGAAAUAGCGAAGAUGGAGUCAGUGACGCAAUCUCAACCUGUCACCAAAUUUCCAAACUUCUCUCCUAAAGUACUUCUCCAAUCUAGAAAAUCAAGUGGUUCUCGAUGUCCGCCAGCUCGAAAGGCCUACAUGACAAACCUCGGAACUUUUACGGAUAGAGCGAAAGCUUUCGACGCGCUGUGA